AUGGAGGGCUUUUACGUGGACCUUCUGGCUCUGAGGAUCGUCGUCUCCGUCAUCGGCGUUGUAGGAAACACGGUCCUGAUUAUCUCACUCCUACAGACGCCUCGCCUGAAGUCCUUCGAGAUCUUUCUCCUCGGGCUGGCCACGGCGAAUCUGGAGGAGAUCGUGAUCGUGGACGUCUACGACAUCUUGCUGUUGCGCUCCUCUCGCAGGAUAAGCAUCUGGAGCUGCAGAGGCCUGAAGUUCCUUACCAUCCUCGGGGAGAUCUCCAGCAUCCUCUUCACGGUUCUCAUCAGCAUCUACCGCUAUCAGAAGCUGCGGGACGUGCACACGCGGGUCAGCCGGCCCGUCUUCAUGGACAGUCUGCGUUCGGCCGUGCUUCUCUCUGUCUUCUGCGGUGCAGUGGCUCUGGUCUUCGGCUUGCCCACGCUUCUCAUUAACCUGGACUGGAGUCACCAGAACUCCUCGUCUCAGGGCUGUCCGGUCGAUUUCUUCCAGUGCUCGUUAACCAGGUGCCCGACUCGCAACCGCGUUUACAAGUACUCCUUCCUUCUGGUGUGCAACCUGUUGCCUCUGCUGAUAGUCACAGUAACGAGCAGCAUGAUCGUCAGGAUCUUAAUAACUCAGCAGAAGACGGUGAGGGCCCGACAGGCAUCGCAGACGUCCCAGCAGCGGCCCAGGAGAUCUGGCUUCCAGCGCAGCACGCAGGCCAUCCUUGCGGCCAUGACUCUGUUCCAGCUCAACUGGACCGUCUAUCUGAUCCUGCAUCUGCUGUGGGACCCACACUCCUUCACACUGUGGUCAGAGCUGGAGUUCUUCAUCACCACGUUUUACACCGCAGUCAGCCCGUAUGUCUAUGGAAUAGGCAACAACCUGUUCAGCAUGAAGCGCUGCAUGAGCUGA